AUGAGUCUAAAGUGUGCUGUUAUAGUUUUAACAGUUGUUGCUGCUUUGAAUUUUAACUGCGAAGGACGGCAAAUAUCACAUGGAUUGAAUCCAGAAAAUAGAAAUGGUGGGGCUUUUGUGAUUGCAGACAGUCAUCUGGACUUAAAGAGAUCCUUAUCACAUAAGCAAGCGCGUGUGUUCCCCGGUGCUGUAGCCAUAAAAAAACUUGUGCUCUUAAAAUUUAAAAAAAUUGUUCCCAUAUCUUUAAUUUUGUUAAAAUCAGGUAAUGAAAACGAAGCAGAGUUAGUGCCUGUGUAUCCUACUUCUGAAAUUCCGUCCGAUGUUCAAUUUAUUCCAACUCCUAAUGGUAUCUCGGGUCACAAAGAUGUGCAAGCCAUUGCGAUUCCUAGUAGUAUACACGAACAACUUCAGGCAAAUGGUUUAGAUAGCUUGGAAAAAAUAGAAGCACUUAUUAAUAAAGCUGAGGAUGACAAAAAAAUAGAAGUAGAUACUAUUGAAGACAUAGAUGAACCGCUAAAUCCGAAAGAAGAUGAUGAAGAUCAGAUACUUGAUCCAAAAUUAAGUUCAGAUCACAAAAAUAAUGUUUCACCCACAAAUUUACGACGUUUAGCAGUAGAUGACAUUAAUCGCACUUCUUCUUUACGAAAAACUCACCACACUACUGUAGAGGAAAUUCCAUUAUUCUUAUACUCAGCAAAGGACACACCUCAAUAUGUGUACCGUGGAAGAAGUAGCGGAUAG